UUCAGCAUCACCAGGCUGCGAGUGGCGUGGCCUCUGCCCACGGCCUCAGCCCCGGGAGUGAGCGCGGAGGGGCGAACGCCCGCGCGGGGGCGGGACAGGGCAGGGACACCGGCCGGGGAGAGGCGCCCAGGGGCCCCAUGCACUACAAGCCCCAUGGUGCUUUGCAGGCGGCGCUGUGCGACACGCAGCGCUCCGGGGCCGCUCUGCCCUUAUUCCGGGGAAAGCGCAGCAGAGACCGGCAGGGGCGGCUGCCGGCCGGCGGGACGCAGGCAGGGCGAGAACCAUGUGGGUGUUCGGUUACGGCUCCCUCAUCUGGAAGGUGGAUUUCCCCUACGAGGACAAGAUGGUCGGGUACAUCACGGGCUACAGCAGGAGGUUCUGGCAGGGCAGCACCGACCACCGCGGGGUGCCAGGCAAGUAAAAGCUGUUUUAUCCAUCAUGUUGGGGGAAUUGGGGUGCUGCCUGGAAGAGUUGUGACUCUUGUUGAAGAUCCUGAGGGUUGUGUAUGGGGUGUUGCUUACAGAUUGCCUGCAGGACAAGAAGUUGAAGUAAAGGCAUACCUCGACUUCAGAGAGAAAGGAGGCUACAGGACUACAACUGUCAUUUUCUAUCCAAAAGAUCCCUCAAUAAAACCAUUUAAUGUAUUAUUAUAUAUUGGAACUUGUGAUAAUCCUAACUAUCUUGGUCCAGCACCCCUAGAAGACAUUGCUGAACAGAUUUUUAAUGCAGUUGGUCCUAGUGGAAGAAACACAGAAUACUUGUUUGAACUUGCCAAUUCCAUCAGGAAUCUUGUACCAGAAGAUGUGGAUGAGCAUCUCUUCUCUCUAGAGAAACUAGUAAAGGAACUCUUGGAAAGAAACCAAAACCUCAAUUGCAUAUAAAAAUCAUUUAAUAGUUUCAAAUAAGCUUCUCCUUUCAUCUUCACAAUUACGGUUUCAUUGCACAACGGGUAUAUGAUUUGGAGACAUGUUUAUCUGUACUACACUAUCUUAUUUAUUUUAAUGUUACAUUCAAGACACUGUAGUUAAGGGUCACUAGAAAAGUCCAUUGUAAAACCAUAUUUUCAAGAGUUUAUAACAAUGGGGGGGCAGAGGUGUUUCAGGUUUGAAUUUGGUAUACAAGAUUUUAGCCAAAGAGCAUAUUUUUCUUUUUCAAAAUGUGAAGAAAAUCAACUUUGGCCCUUUAUUUUUUGUUUGAGGGGAAUUUUUUUUUUAAAAGUGAUUUCAGGUUUAAGUUGUUCUAAAAAAAAAGUUAUCUUUAAACUACCUUUAGGACCAAGUCCUGCACUCAGACAAAGUUCCCAUUAAAGUGGUCGUUCUCUCAGUCAAGGAUUAGGUCCUUAAUGCAGCUACUGUACAUGUACAGUAAGUACAUGGCAAAACAUUUAUCGUAUAAAGGUUCAACUCCAUUAGAACUAAGCUAUUCCAGUGAAUCAAUAUUUUUACGCUUGGUAUAUCACAGUUUGUCAUUAGACACAAUGGGCAAACAGUUGGGUUAUCAAAGAAAUUACUCUUUCCCUUGAUGCAUUAGGUUAUUCAUGGUGUCAAACCCUUAGAAACAAAAAUACGGUACACUGACACAAAUAAGCCAUACCGUAUCAGUGCCUCAUUUCUUUUAUUUUAAAAUUACUGUAAACAAAAAUAAACCUAAACUGUUAAAGCAACUGAGGAUAUGACUUGAAUCCGCAAUAUAGCAAGAAUGUUCUGAAACUCUCAUCUUUAAUCACGGAUUGCCUUCAUACGCCUGCAUAAAUCCCACUGAAAAUCAAGGGGAUUUUUCAAACUUUUGAGGGCAGAAUUUGGCCUAACUAUUGCAAUACAGAGGCAUAAGGAGUUUCCGUCCCAACUAUGAAUUUUCUUGCUUCUCAGAGUUUAAGUUAUUUCUUUAAUCCUUUAACAAAGCAUAUUUUUGUAUUUUAAGAUAUAAAAGGUCCUCUUUGAAAUGUAUUGUAGUAUCACAUCAUGCAGCAAGAGUAUUUAUGUAUGUUCAGUAAUCACAUGAAAAGGUCUUAUUUUCCAUCAGUAAUAGCACAAACAUUACAUGAUUUAUGUUUGUACACACAGGUAGUCUUUUCCUCUUUUCCUUUCAGUUUUAUAUUUGUAGCUGGCCAAAAAAAAGUCAAGUCCUCAAAAUGACGGAUUGCUAUAAAUUUAUACUUUUCCACCUAUAGAAAACAAAUUGUAAACUGAAUGUUACAAAAUGACAUUCAAGUCAGACACUUACAUAAAUAGGCUGCAGUACAUAAAAUACAUUCAAACAGUUGAUUUAAAACAUGAAACAAAGCUUUUGCAUUUAUGACCAGGAUUGUAAAUUUUAGUCACCAUAUUUCUGGCAUCUAUCAAAGGAAUGUGGAUCUAGAAAGCACAAGUCUACCUGUUAAAUUUUCAAAGCUACUAAUGACAGGAGAACAAAAGUAGAGGUUAAUGCUUUAAUCUACUAUAUUAGGAGUACAUAAGAUAUCAAACUUGAUGGACCAGUCUAAUCAGAUAAACAGGGGAUUUGCCUCAUAUCAUAUAUACUGAGGACCUAUUCUCCCAUUAAUACUUCAGUUUUUUGCUAAUUUAUGAGAAAUAGAUCUUAUUGGUUUCAAAGGUCUUUAUUCUCCAUUAUGUUCCACUGAUGCAAGAUUGAAAUAACAGAGCUGAGAAUCAGGCCCAGUAGAUUCAGCUGGACAGUAAGGCUAAGUAUAAGAUCAGAAUAUUCAGACUUCAGUAGCUAAUGUUAGCCACCUAAAUAAAGUGACCAAAUUUUAAAAGGUGAUGCAUCUCCACUAACUCCAAUGGGAGCCUCUGAAAAAUCCAGUCACUUAUGGUGCCUGAAGAUGGAUUUAGGAUUUUAGGCAUCAAAGUUUGAAAAAGUUUACCUACAUCAAUGUAUCAAGAUCCUUUAAAAAAAAUAUUCCCUUCGACAUGGAGAAUAAAUACUCACAAAAUGUUAAUUGGAUACUUUAAUGUUCCAGAAAUGUUAUGUAAAUUCUGCAAAGGGAUACUGAUUUUUGUUUUCAAAAAGGCCAGCAGUUCCUUUCCUGUGCAUACCUGGGCUUUGAAUACACGGUUGUAAAUUUAAAGCGUACAUCAGAUGGAGCUGUGAAAUCUAUGCAUUUUCAUUAAUUUUUCUCUCUUCAGUCAAAGGCUUAUUUUUGUUUGUCAUGAGACGGUGGGGGAAGUGUAUAAACCCCUUUAUCAGUUCAAGAACUCACUAAUCACAUCAAUGAUGAUACUCUUAAAUAUUAUGCUUAUUUAAGCACUAGUGUCGGGGCAUUGGGAUUCUGUAUGGCUCUAAGUUUGGUAAUUUAAUUCUAUUCAUCUCCAAAACACUGUUGGUUCAAUCUCUUUUCCAGAUUCAUAAUAGUUGCAAUAAUACCUGUAAUGAUACAUUCCAUUUUGUGCAUAUAACUUCAGUACAAUAAAAUGCAUCGCGUAUUUA